CACGAGGACAUUGUUCCUGAUCAAGCAGAACCAGUUGGAAAAAUGUUGCCUGUCCCUGCCAGCUCUAAAGGUUCUACAAGAAAAAUAUCAUUUCAACCUACAGAUAUUUCAGAUGUGUCGGCAACAACUUCUGCUGACAGUUCCAGUGAUAUGCGAACCAUUAUUGAGUCCAAAACUAAACAAGUGUUGAGAGAAGUUUUGGAAAAUCAACCAACUGGAAGACUUCUAUUCCAAAUAGGGCCUUACACUAUAACUGACCACAGCAUACAUUUUCUCAACAGCACCUUGUCAGACGAGGUCAUUGAUGUAUUUCUUCAUCUGAUGCCCAAGAAAAAUGUGUAUCACAUAGAUUCCAUCAAUAUGACCAGUAUUUUUGAGGGAGAUCAGGAGUCUACAGGUUUCUUAAACAAGAUACCCUUGCAUCAGUAUGAUGCUUUGAUUGGUGCAGUCAAUGAAAAUCAGGUUCAUUGGGUUCUAAUGAUCGUAGUUCCAGAUGCAAAAUGUUUGGUGUACAUAAAUCCUAUGUGUGAGCCCAGAUCCAAAUGUGACAAGUACAGAAACAGAUGGACAGCAUUUCUGCGUGAAAGGUCCAGAAGGCACAUAGGACAAGACGCUCUGACCCAUGACGGAUGGGAAGUCCAGACAGUGCCACAUGACAAACAAACUGAUGGAUCAUCAUGUGGAGUUUAUGUGAUAAGGUUUGCAGACCUGUACUUUUCUGGUGAAGAAAUGGACAGAUGUUGGACUAGUCAAGACAUAAAGAAGGAGAGGCUUCGGUUACAGCUCAAGCUUCUCUCAUUAGGGAUAAAUGCAGAGGUGCCACUGCAGGAUCCUAGCAGACUUGAAAUGAAACAGGCUUUGGAUGAAUUCUCAGAGUCCCCAAGGGAAGGCCUUGACAUGACUGCACGAAUGAACCAGACCACCAACGAUGUGGAUCUCCCUGACCUUGAGGUGCCAGUAGCCCCAGUUGAAUGGAGCUCUUUAGAGAGUGAGCAGGAUCAAGAGAGCAUCAUGGAGAAACACCAGAGAAAGGGGAAUUUAAGGCAAAAAAGACCAAAGGAUGUGUUUUCAAAGAAAGGUCAAAAAAGGUUGCAAAAAAUUAAAGAAAAGAAUGAAACCCUAGUACAGUUCCUGUUGUCUAAGGAAGUCAAGGCAUACCUACUGAAAAUUAUGCAAGGCAAACAGGCAAGCAAUCUUCACACUAUCUCCACUGGGAUGUCACAGAGAGCCAGGAGAGCAAUAAAACACAGUGGAUUUGGUCCUAUUGAUGAUGAUGAACAGAUUGAUCGUGUAGUAGAGGGAUACAUUGGAAAUAUUCAAGAGCUAAAACUAGACACAAUGAAACACAUAGACUAUGUGUUUGAUGUCUGGGUCCCUGAGGCAAUCAUGAUGUUUUACAAGAAGAAAGGGUACUCGAAAGCAAAAGCAGAGGAAAUGUUCAACAAAGGUGUGACGCGCACUAAGGAGGAGAUGUAGGUCAUCAUGCACAGGGAGUUUAAGAGUUAUCGAAAGUACAAACCAAAGUGAAUCAAUUUCAUGAUUUAUGUCGUAAUUUCGCUUUUUUACGGACACUGAAACUCGACGAGGAUUUGAACCAGUUAGUACUGUCAAACCUCACGCCGGCCAGGCACCAAAAAUAUUUCAGGAAUGUUGUUCAUGCAUUGUUUUCAGUGAAAUCAUUUUACUUUUAUCAAUGCAAAGGAAAUCAGUUUCUUACAUUUCAAAAAUGUAUUUUUUGUCUCUGCUCAAUGACAUAUUAUCUAUUUUUCGGCAAGAAAUUUGAUUUUUUCUUAAAUCGUUUGAGUGGUUGAUAUGAAAAUAAACACCAUGCACAAUUGUCUACCAUAUGAUUUAAAUUUAAUUGUUGAUUAUUGUUUACCAAAACAAUGUUAUCUUCCUCUGAAUGUAUAUGUAAGUUAUCCUCCUUUGCUAUCUUCCUCUGUGUGUGUGUGCGCGUGUGUGUGUAUGUGUGUGUGUGUGUGUGUGUGUGUGUGUGCGCGCGCGCGCGACCUCCCUCUAAAUCAGUGGGUGUGCAUGCUUCUUCUACCUCUAUAUUUCUCUGCGUGUUUCUGUUCUCUCCAUCUUUGCCUGCUCUUGUGCAUGCUUCUUCUACCUGUCUAACUGGAGGUGUAUGAUCUAUCCCUCCGUUUUCCCUUUUAGUGUGUCUGCUCUAUCUAUUUCUAUUCAUUCAUUUUUUUUCUCUCCCUCUCUUCCUCUGUCUCAUAUUAGCAUUCACAGUCCAUUGUAUAUGUUAUAAUUUGAUACCUGAUUGUAUAAAUAUUAUGUAUAAAACCAAUAAAAUGAUAUAAUUUUG